UGCAAGAAAAUCCCUCAAUAUGAGGCAGAAGAAAAGUAUGAGACGACGGUUCUCCUAAUGCACUUCUCGCACUUCUCCUUUGUUUUUUUUUCUGCUGGUGUAGUUUCAGUGGCCAACUGCUUUCUUUUUUUUUUUCAGCACUCAGUUUAGUUUCUACGUGACAGGCAAGAAACAGAUCUUAUCGUGCGGCAAUUCAGCGCUUUACUGUUAAAAAACUCCGCCACGUAUAUGCAGCACUGACUUCGUUAGCCCACUCUGUUCGCUGUUUCUUCGUGACUUUGUGGGAGGAGAUGCGAGUGAUUAACAAAACUAAUAGUUCGCCGAUGGCUUCUCCCUCCAGACUCGAGCCAUGGCGACAGUGCAGCUCUCGUCAAUUUUACUGGCAGCUCUGUGCCUCGGUGCCGAAGGCAGCAAGGACUACAACAUUGGUCUGUGCAGCAAGACCUUCUUCAGCUGCCAGUGCGGCACACCUGGUUACACGCUGCACGUGACCGUCAAACAGUGCACCUACCUUCACCGGUGGCAAUUCAAGUGCCGGCCGUGCAGCAAUCGCAAGCCCGAGGAAGUGUGCCCCAUGCUCAAGAACUGCAAGGAGUGCAACGACGACGCCAAGAGCUGCGCCACAUGUCCUCCCGGCCGCUACGGCCAAUGGUGCGAGGAACGCUGCCAGUGCCAGAACGGAGGAACCUGCGACUCUAAGACAGGAGCCUGCACCUGCCCGCCCUCCUUCAUCGGCACCCACUGCGAGCAGUUUUCAGGAUGCAUGCCGCCUCAGAUAGGUGCCAACGUGCAGGUGACUCUGGACCACCCCGAGACGCCGACGGUGUCCUACUUCGCCUGCGAGCGCGGCUUCUACCUUAUGGGCGCCACCACCGCCACCUGCCUGGGGAACGGAGUGUGGAGCGAACCGAGCCCUAAAUGCGAACGGCUAUCCUUCUGUCCUGACCUGGGCCGUGUGGUUAACGGCCGUCUCAAGGAGCAGCGCAUUUCCUUCCUGGCGGGCGGCGACAAUGCUUACGCCAACGGCAGUGCUGUCGAGGUGGUGUGCGACGAUCGUUACGACCUGGUCGGGGAGUCCGUGCUCGAGUGCAGAGACGACGGGACGUGGUCGGCCAGCAUUCCCACCUGCGUCAAAGUCUCCGAGAACCAUGUCAGCUGCGAGACCAAAGCACUGGACAUUGUUUCAUCGUACACCUCACCAGUCAGGGUAUACUGUCCACCGGGGUGUGCGCAGAGCGGCACGGUGAUCGGCAGCGUGGUCUACCACCAGCUGUCGGCGCUUUGCCGGGCGGCUGUGCACGCGGGCCGGCUGAACAACGCCGGCGGAACAGUGUCACUGGUGUCCAGCGGUAACUUCGCCGACUUCGGUGCCUCCCUGGCCAAUGGUGUCAACAGCGUCAGGUCGCAAGAACCAGCUCCCGGUUUCACUUUUGUCGAAGAUAGAACAUUUAAAGUUGAAAAAGGUUGCCGGCAAGGCUGGAAACCUGUGGGUGACACUUGCAUUCUUGCCACCCGUCACAAGCUAAGCUAUUCCCGGGCCAAACACUACUGCAUAAACUCCGGGUCCAGGCUGUUGCAGUUUCGUGAGGACGGGUUUCCGGAUUCCUUGCUCACCUUCCUCAAGGCUUCCAAUGUCGGCCUGUCCUGGGUGCAGGACAUCCCGGACGAGGACCACGAUCGGAGACUCGCCGAGCAGCGCCACAGGCGUCGGUCGGGAGGAGACAGCGGCGAGUGUUUCGUAGUCGACCCGGCAGCCGAGAUGCGGGCGAAUGCCGUGCGCUGGAAUCCCUGCGAGGGGACGCACGGUGUCGUCUGCGAGAUGGGCAUGGGUCAGUUUCAGGCAUUUUGUGACGACCCUGGGCCUCUGGAGAACGGAACUGCCGAGGUGAUGAACCAAGUAGUCGCUGGAAGAAUGCUCGAGGGGACGCAGAUUGCGUACCGCUGCUACGAGCUGCACUACCUGGUUGGUGAGAGCCUCAUCACCUGCCUCCGGAACAGGACGUGGACUGCAGCGAAGCCUCGCUGCAUGAAACUGACAACGUGUCUGGAGCCACCGGUGCCUCCAUAUGGUGAAGUGGAAUACGUUUACGAAGGUGGCAAUGGACUCAAGACGGGUCGACAAAGACUUCGGCUCUCGCUGGUGACGCUGGACCCAUCUUCAGCGGCUCAACUUCCCAAGGGUCACUACCGAGCGGGCACCCGCGCCACUUUCUCGUGCGUGAACCAAUUCUACUCGCUGGUGGGAUCCGGAGUGCGUAGGUGCCUGCCCGACGGAACCUGGACUGGGAGGACCGCCACCUGCAUACCAGUGUGCGGUCGCUCGGACUCUCCGCGAUCGCCGUUCAUCUACCACGGGAACGUGAGCGAGGCCGGCCAGUGGCCGUGGCAAGUGGGCCUUUCCAUGUGGUCCGCGGGGGAGAAGGCCUGGGACCUGCAGUGCGGCGGCACGCUGCUCUCCGAGAGCUGGGUGGUCACGGCGGCGCACUGCGUCGCCAGGGACCGGCGCGGGAAUUUGCACGCGCCGAAGGACUUGCGCAUCUACGUGGGCAAGUACCACCGAGACGACGCGCUUGACGACGCCUUCGUGCAAGUGCGCACUCCUCAGGAGAUCCACGUGCACGAUGACUAUGAUCCGGUAAAAUAUGACUCCGACAUCGCAAUGGUGCUGCUCGAUAGGCCAGUGGAGCUGAGCAGUCGGGUGCAACCCAUAUGCCUGCCCAGUGAGAGGACCUCGCAGUUAAACAUCGUCGACGGCCGACUGGGCGUGGCGACCGGAUGGGGCCAGACCGAGAACAGGAGCUACGCGGACGUCCUGCGGCAGGCCGUGAUCCCCGUGGUGUCAGCGCAGGAGUGCGAGCGCGCCUACCGCGAGGGCCGCUUUCCCCUGACGGUCACCUCGAACAUGUUCUGCGGUGGCUACGUCAAGGGGCGGGUGGACGCCUGCACGGGCGACAGCGGCGGCCCGUUCGCCUUCGUCGACGAGUCGGUGGCCGACCGACGAGUGUGGGUGCUCGAAGGGAUCGUCAGCUGGGGAGGGCCCCGAGGCUGCGGUGCGCCAAACCACUUCGGCGGGUACACCAAGGUCGCAGCGUUCAUCGAAUGGAUACGCCAGUUCCUUUAACGCGUCUGCGUCAGUCGCGCGAGCGGCCGACUCUCGCUGAUCGACUAAGGACGUCGUUCGCAGCAAAGACCACCGCGUGCUUGGCAGGUCUGCUGACGGGCAGCAGACUGGAACGAACACGCUGAUGGCAUUGCUCACUAGACCCUUUGUUUGGAGUUUCUUAGAAUAUUCACAGCUAGCUGCAUAUACAGGCAGAACUUAAAUUCAAAGGAUGUUUUUCGCCUGCUGGUGGCUUCUUUUUUAUUGUUUAUUUAAGAUGGAUUCAAUGUAUUCUUUUGCGGGAUGAUCACACAGAAACGCACUCUGUGGACACACCACUGCAAACCGCUGUGGCUCAAGGGAUAUGGCAUAGUAUUUCUGAGCACCAAUUGGCGGGAGCUUGAUAGACGGUCGUUCGGAUGAGCCCAUUCCGAGAUGGGUGCUCAAAGGGCAGAACUUCUCGCGUACUUCAAUUUGGGUGCGUUUGGAGAACCACAGGGUGUCCAAAAUCAAACCCAAAGGGUCUUGCUAUACAGCUUCUCGUUUAGAACGAAUUGUCGCUUUGAGACGUUAAAACCCAUCAAUCGUAGUUGCUUACUGCGUCAGAAGGGUGGAUCCUGAAGACAAGAACCCGAAUCCACAGAGAAAUCGCUACCUACGCAGAUUCAUUUGCACUAAGGG